AUGAUUAUAAAUUACACAUUGAACAUUGAUAAAUUCUGUUAUCUCAUAGUCUUGACACUUUGUGUCUUUAACAUUAUUCAACCAAUUAUUAGUGAACAAGAUGUGAAUUGGGAUAUAACCUAUUUAUUAAACCGUCGUUAUGAUAUAGCUCGUGCAGAUGAAGAUUUCCCUAUAAAAAUUCAACCACCAUCAGGAGAUUUAUUAUACAGUAUACCAGCAUUACGUUUAUUUCCACAAUCAAAACUACCAAAUGAUACAUUCUUUAUUCAUUUAAUAUUUAAACCAAAUAAAACAGCUAUUCAACAUGGUUUAUAUCUAUUCAGUAUACGUGAUCCAGAUAAUAUUUUACGGCUUGGGUUGAAAAUUGCUGAAUAUACCACAUAUCAAGUCAUUUUCACGUAUAAUCCGCUAUCGUUUGAGGGUAAUGCAAAAGAAGUGGAAUUCUCUAUACCAUGGAAUGAUGAUUAUUGGCAUUUGGGAAUAUUAAUUAAACCGGACAAAAUUGAUUUCUAUACAUCAUGUGAAGAGACACAAAGAGUUGCUUAUCACUUUUAUCCAAUUCAAGGUUUACUUGGAGAACCAUUAUUUCGUAAAGGUGCAACAUUUUAUGCAUUAAAUAGUGGUUUAUCAAAUGCAUCAGAAUAUUUUGAGGGAUUUCUGAAAGCAUUUAGUUUCCAUUCAGACGAAAAUGCUGUUAAAUAUAUGUGUACUAAAGCAGAGAAUUAUGAAGGUAGUGGCGAAGCAGAUCGUUUUAAAUAUGAUCCAGAAUUUGGAAAUGUUUUAAUUACUAGUUCAAUACAAGAUGAUGAAGAGGCUUAUACUACAGAAGACAACACACUACAAGGUAAAGAAAUCAAUGAAAUAUAUACAACAGAAGCAGAAUAUCAUACAACUGUAACAGAAACAACCUUGAAACCAAAAUCUGUAACGAGACCAAACUAUCAACACCGAUAUAUUAUGAAAGAACCGGGUACAGAAGGAUUAAUUGAUAUAGAAGACUUGGAGAACAACGACAUUAUAACGGGAGCGAUAAAAAUAACGAAUGAACUCGCAAUCCUGCCAAAUGGAACCAUAAUUGCAACAAGACCAGAGAAUGUAAAUCAAAAAUAUAUAAUCGGCGAAAAUCUAACCGAAACAGGAGAAAAAUUAGUAUUCAACACAUUCACAGGAAAACAAGAAGAAAAUGCAUAUGUCGACGACGAAGGUAUUAUAUAUCUGGGAGACAACACAAUGCAUGUGUUAAUCAACAAAAACAAAGACAGAUAUAUAAUAGCUCAAAAUCCCCUACACAAAACACAAACAGUCCUCGACAGAUGGGAAGGAAAGAUCGUACCAGGGGCAAAAAUCCAAACAAACGGAUUGAUAGAGCUACCUGAUGGAAAAAUAGUAGCAUCUACAAAAAAAAACGCUACCAAAUAUCUGGUAGUAGCCGAUGACGACGGUGAGACCCUUCGAGUGUACGACCACUUCUCAGGAGAGCAGAUAGAAGAUGCUCAAGUAGACUCCAACGGUCUGAUACUAUUCAGCGAUGGCCGUAUGGCUAUUGAGCCUUCGUCUAAACUCGACAGAUACGUGAUAAUUCAGGAUCCAAACAGUGAUGAGAAAUUAGUUUUCGAUAGACGAACAGGUGGUCACAUCAGGGAGGCUGUGUAUAGUGAAGACGGACUGAUCCACUUCCCAGAUGGCAGGCGUGUUGCACCAGGUUCAAAUGACAACAGUUCACAAUACCUAAUACAUUUCGACUCAGCGAAAAAUGAACACCUGGUGUUCGAUAGGCAUACCGGUGAACUGAUCGAAGGAGCCACUGUGGAUUCUCAGGGUUUGAUAAUCCUACCUGACGGAAAACUGCACCUAGAUCAAGAGAGAGUUAAGCACAGGUACAUCGUCUUUAACGAUACAGCUGAAAAUACAACCGUCUUGGUAGAUACCAAAACUGGUCAAAAGAUUAUUGGAGCAACUAUGUUAGAUAACGGUCUAGCCAAGCUUCCUGAUGGGAAGCUCGUUGCACCCAGCUCAAAUGAAAGUGCAAAUUACAUGGUCGUUGAAGCUACUGAGGACGGACAAGAGCCAAUGAUAUUUGAUCGCAGGUCAGGAGAUCAAGUCAAAGAUGCUUAUCUGGACAAGGAUGGUGUAAUACAUUUACCAGAUGGAAGCCUAGCCAUUACACCCUCGAAGACUGAAGGCCGUUAUCUAGUAGCACAGGACAAGCUGACAGGAGACCCUGUCAUAUUCGACCGUCGUGCUGGCACAGAACUCAUGAAUGCCACCCUCCACCACAAUGGCAUGAUCAAAUUGGAAUCCGGACAACUAGUUGCUCCUUCAUCUCAAGACGGCUCCAAAUACAUGGUAGUCGCCGAUGACGACGGUGAGACCCUUCGAGUGUACGACCACUUCUCAGGAGAGCAGAUAGAAGAUGCUCAAGUAGACUCCAACGGUCUGAUACUAUUCAGCGAUGGCCGUAUGGCUAUUGAGCCUUCGUCUAAACUCGACAGAUACGUGAUAAUUCAGGAUCCAAACAGUGAUGAGAAAUUAGUUUUCGAUAGACGAACAGGUGGUCACAUCAGGGAGGCUGUGUAUAGUGAAGACGGACUGAUCCACUUCCCAGAUGGCAGGCGUGUUGCACCAGGUUCAAAUGACAACAGUUCACAAUACCUAAUACAUUUCGACUCAGCGAAAAAUGAACACCUGGUGUUCGAUAGGCAUACCGGUGAACUGAUCGAAGGAGCCACUGUGGAUGAUCACGGUUUGAUCCAUUUCUCCGAUGGUGAUUUGUUUCUUCCACCGGAUAUUGUUUAUCCGCGAUUUAUUUACAUGCCCACGCAUUCCGACAAUAAAUCCGUUGUUUUGGAUUCUCUGACUGGUGAGUUUCUGGAUGGUUCUUUAUUGGGCGGUUCCUUGUUUCGAUUGUUCACGGGAGAUAUAAUAGGUAUUGGAAAUCGAACAGGUGGUCGUUUCGUUGUAUAUAAUGGUGAAGGAAAUGAUGUGCCUCAAAUUUAUGAUACGCUCUCCGGUCAAUCAGUUCCUGGGGCUUUCCUUCGCUCAGAUGGUUGGAUUGAGUUUCCUGAUGGUUUCCUUUUCCCAGUGUUUUCUUCUAUUGCUGACGGUCAACGGUAUUUUAUUUAUCAUAAUGUAUCAUCAAUGCAAGACUUUGUUUAUGAUGCUGUAUCAGGUGAACCUGUGCUUAAUUCAUUUAUCAAUGAAGACGGCUUAAUUCAUUUAACGAAUGGAACAAUUAUUCAGCCAAUCGCUUAUAAUCAUACAACUUCAACAACUGAAGAAUUCUCUGAACCUGAUUAUUCAUCAACACUACGUGAACGAAAAAAUGCUACAUUAUAUCAAAUUAUUACAAUAAACUCUACUUCUGAAACGAAACCUGAGGAAAUGGAUUUAACUUCUCCAGAUAAAAAUGAACAAGUAGUCAAUGCUAGUUCAUGUGCAUGUAUCGAAGAUUUAUUUCGACGGGGUCUUCUGAGAUUGAAAGGAGAAAAGGGAGAUCGUGGUGAUGUAGGACCUAUGGGACCCCAAGGACCUCCGGGUACCUGCCCUGCAACUUGCGCAUCUGAGGCGCCUUCUGCUUUGCAAGGACCAAAAGGAGAAAAAGGUGAUAAAGGUGAUCCAGGUGUAGUUGAUCUUACUGACGAUAAAUCACUUUCUGUGGUGAAACAAGCCAUCCAAGAUUUUAUAUUACAACCAGAGAUUCAAAAACAAUUUCGUGGACCAAAAGGUGAUCCAGGUGAAUGUUCAUGCUUAAGUGAUGCAGCAGAUAAUAAUACACCAAUGAAAAAAUAUUCAUCAAAUAAUAAACAUGAUUAUAAUAAUAAUGGCAAUGGGAACGGGAAUGGCAAUAAUAAUAUUAAUGCUGAAAUUGCGGGUUAUGGAGCAAUGGUAUUAGAUACUGAAAUGGAUUUGAGUAAAGUAUCCCAUGCUUUUCCUAUUGGUACUAUGGUUUAUAUUAAAGAAGCGGAUACAUUUUAUUUAAAGACAAUUGAACAAACCAAUACAUGGCGUAUAAUAAGUUUGCAUUCGAAAGCAGAUGCAAUUAGUUUACCUAUCCCAAAAUCUACACCAGCUCCUGUAUACGAACCACAAUACUAUCCAGUUUUAAAAGGGAAGAAACUUUAUCUUAUUGCACAAAAUGAACCAUUACGUGGUGAUUUAAAGCUUGGUGAUCGAAUGACUGGUGCACAUGCUGGAUCAAUAUUUGCCUGUCAACGUGCAGCAAAUCUUAAAGGCUUAGGAAGAGCAUUCUAUCCAUUAUUAAGUACAGAUAUGUUCAAUAUGGAUUAUGUUGUACCACCAACGUAUAGAUAUGGUAUUCCACUAGUCAACUUAUAUGGUGAAGUAUUGUUUGAUGAUUUCAUGAGUCUUAUUGAAGGACGAUCGAGGCCUCAAGCAAAAUUAUUAAACUUUGAUGGAGUUGAUAUCACAGACGAUGUUAUAGCACCUUGUUUAUGGAUUGGUCAAAAACCGAUUUAUUUAAAUGGUGAUUACGAGUAUGCAGCACAAUCAAAAUGUCGUAAUUGGCAAUCAACAUAUCCUGGUGAAAAUGGUUUAGCUGUUUCACUACCGAUUGUUGAUAAUGCACCAGGAUUAUUUUCUAAACAAAAUUUCAAGUUAAUGUCUUGUUCAAAAUUCUGUCGAAUGUUGUGCAUACAAAUUACACCAUCAGAUAGUUAG